AUGUUAAAGUCUAUUAAUUUACAUGAAAUGGUUAGAGAAAUAGGAAAUUGUAAUGAAAUAAGUAUUAUUAAACCAUAUCAACAACAACAUCAACAAAAUAAUGUAAUAAUAAAUUUACCAGAUAUAUCAAAAAAACUUGAUUUGCAAAAUUUACAACGACAAAAAACAAUGACAACAACGACACUAACUUCUCCAGUAUCUUCCUCUUUUACAACAACCUCUUCCUCUUUAUCAUCAACUACUACCACAACGCCACCGUCUUCUUAUGAUGAACCUUUUAAUAUUAAAAAUUAUAUUAUUAAUAAAUCAUUAGAAAUCGUUGAGGAAGAGGAGGAGGAGGAAGAGGAUGAUGAUGAAGGAGGAAGGACUAACGAAUUAGGAGGGAUUGGUGAGUUGGAUGAAAUUGAUGAGUUAGAUGAAGAAGAGAUUGAUGAUGAAAUAAUUAAUAAUAGUUCCAUCAUACUUGUAAACAAAAAAUCAGCCACAAAUAAUGACGAUCAUAUAAAUAAAAGGAGACUGUUGUUAUCAAGUUGUCUGCAACAUGUUUUUGACUACUUGAAAGAUGCCGAUAACGAUGAAAAAACUUUAUAUUCAUGUCUGUUUUUAAAUCGUGAAUGUUUAAAUCUGGUAGUUCCAUUAUUAUGGCGAAAUCCUUUCAAGUCUGAUACAACACUCAAGCGGUCAAAUUCAUUAAUACAAACAUAUUUAACAUUUCGUAUAAAUUCAAGAUAUUCAACAACGACGACAAUGACAACACAAAGAAUUGCUAUUAAUUACGCAAAAUAUUUACAAGAAUUUGAUAAUUAUCUAAUUGAAAAUUAUGUUAGAUCAUGGCUAACAUCAUUAUCGUCAAAUCAUAAUGAUUUAAAUUUCUAUAAAAGAUUUUUUAUAAUAAAUCAAUAUCUUUCAAAGAUGUUGAUAAAGACAGCAGAAAAUUUACAAAUUUUGAAAAUUAGUCCCGAUUAUAACAAUUACGAAGACUUUACCAACAACAUCAACAAUAAAUCUAAUGCUAAUUAUAGUUCACAUAGUUAUAGUAAUUUUGCUACUAAUUAUAAUAAUCAUUUAGUCGAUUUCUCAUUAACAAAUGGCGCAAAAUACUCCUUGUCAAAAGUUAAAACUUUUAGUCUAGAUUAUCACAUUGAAAAUGAAUCAACCAGGACAAAGGUUUUAAAUUUAUUAUCAAUGUUGUCUUCAUCAUCAUCUCCUCAUUCUUCAUAUGUUAGCGGAAUUGAAAAAGUAAUUUUAAAAAUCAGAUAUUAUAAAGAAGAAUUAAUUAGACCCAAGAUUGGUCAAUAUUUGAACUCGUUUAUUAAAUCGUUAAGAAAUUUAAAAUAUUUGGAAAUUGAAAAUUAUACUGAUAUCAACAUUACAUCAUCGAUACUUUCUUCUUUUGAUAACAACAGCGACAAUGGUUCAAAUCUUGAAUAUUUAAAAUAUGAAGGUAUGGUUGACUUGGUCGCUUUAUUGAAAUUAUUAAAUAAUUGUAGGAAACUGAAGACUUUGGAAUUUGAUGGAUACUUUGAUCCAAAUAAAUUAUUAUCUGUUAACAAUAAUAUUAACAACAUCAUCAAUAACGUCGAUGACAAUAAUGGAAACUAUCAGUUUAAUUUCGAAAAAUUAAUUUUCAUGUCGGAUAUUUCAAGUCAAAAUCCAUUCAGUUCAACUAGAACAUAUAUUUUAUCAAAGUUAUUAAAAUGUGCUAAUAAAAAAUUAAAACAUCUUUAUUUAAGUGGCAUAACACAAGAAAUAUUAGAUGUGAUCUCGGAACAUAACACCGAAUUAGUGACAUUACACCUGAAAUUGAUUGAUUUAAAUAAUUUAACAUUGAAAAAAAUAUUAACGUCAACAUCAAAAACAUUGAAAGAAUUAUUUUUAGGUGACACACAUUUUGAUUUAUCAUAUAUUGAAUCAUUGAAUAAUAAUGAAAAAUUUAUUGUCGAGUUGGCUAGAUCUAUACCUGAAAAUGUUGAAACGUUGGGAAUAAAUUUUUGGAUGGAUACAAAAUACGUGAAAUUAUUUUUAUCGAAUUUAUCAAAUUUAUCAAAUUUACGGAAAAUAAUUUUAUGUAGAAAUAUCAUGAUCAAGGAUGAAGUAUUAAUUGAAAUUAAAGAUUUUAUUAAAGGGCAGAAGGAGCUGAGGGAAAAGAAAGAGGGAGAAGAAUUGUUGAUAAAUUUAAAAAAAUUAUAUUAUUUACCGGAGGAAUGGAUUAGAUUUAAUCAAAAAUUUAUUGGCUUUAGUCAAUCAGAAAUUGAAAAGGCUAAAGAAUUUAUUCCUAUAAUCAAGGAGUUUAAUCAAAGAAUUUAG